AUGUGGUGCAGCAUGCCGAAAAUCCUUUUGGGAUUGCUGUCGAUUCGGGCAUGGAUCGACGGUGUCGAAGCCUUCUCUUGGGAAGGUGUCGAAAGGAGAGCAGACACCCCCCGGUCUGUGGAGGAACAUUUGGUCAACCCCUCGGUUGUAGUUCACGACGCAUCACGCUUGCCGAAUGUCUACGCCGUCGCCAUGCAGGAGCUCCAAGAACUCGAGUCGGAACCUCUCUGCCAUCGAAUCUCUGCUCGACUCCUGGUCAACAAUUGCCAGCUGUUGGAAGGCAAAGACGACGCCACCGUUCUCACCGACAGCGGCAGACAAAUUCGUGACUUUGUGGACUCCUAUGCCGCCAGUCUUGCUAUCUGUGAUCUGGAGAGAGGCAGUUUCGUCAUUCCGUCUGGAUGUGCGCCGUUCAGAGAACAUGCUCUAGCUAACCUACCGACCUCCAAAGUUGCUCAGCUUCACGUCUCACCUCGGCAGAUAGAUUCGUGUCUCUCGGGGUUAGCCAAGUCCGACUCUGCGUGGAAUACUUGGGUGAGCUACCGUCAUAAGGCUCUCAGAUUCUGCGAAGCUGCUCGCGCAGAUAAUGACAAAGCACAGAGCAUUCGUCUAUACCAACGUCUCACCGAAGUCCUCUCAAAACUGUCCGAGGGAGUUGAACAAGAGCUUGAAGCCCACCUACAUGCGAUCAAUUUGAGAGCAGCUGAGACUACAGAGCAGCUCCGCCAAAUGAACCCAGACAUCGAUCAGUUGCGAAACAGCUUACAAGACCUGGACAGAUAUGUUUCUCAGGACGUGAUGCAGAUGGUACAGGCAUCAAAUUCUGCGAUGCGAGGCGGCCUCGAGGAUGCCCAGAACCUGCAACAGCUGCUGACGGUGCUCCUCAAAACGGUCCUUAGCAGCAACGCCGAAGUUGCAGCAUCGCAUGAGCUGGCACUGACAGACUUCAAAGAACGAACUGGAAAUGAGGUCGCGGCUGUCAUGGCUGCUCUCACAACAGCUAUAGCAUCGUCUACAUCCCUUCAUGGCCAGUUGGAACUAUCCCACAUUCGAGCGAUUGAACUAGCUCACCGACAAGAUAGUCUUGAGAAAGGAUUGGAGAAACUCCUAGACAUUACCGAUGACAUUUCCUCGAAAUACGAAUCACACUCUGAUAAGCUUUCACACGUGAACCAGAUUUCAGAAGACCUGCUGGAUACACUUGACAAUAUGGCUUCAUCGACAUCAGAAGUUCGCGGUUCUUUCCAUCGACCGGGUUGGACAAGUUGGGUGCCAUAUGUGGCGUGCCCAGCCGCGUCUUUACUCAUGGGAUCUUACGGUCUUCCACCAUCAGCAGUGAGAAACCUCGGACUAAUUGCGCUCGGCGAACUUGCUGGCUUCGUCGUGUCUUAUGCCAAAUAUCUCUCGCCGGGUAUCCUCGAGGCUGAUCAGCAUAUAUCUCCAAUUAUUGGCGCCAUGAACAAGACCUUCAUUUCCACGGCGUCCCCAAAUUAUCUUUCCAGAGAUCUGUCGCUAAUUCAACGCAAUAUCCGAGGAUCGACGACGACUUGA